AUGGCUGAUCUUGUGAGCUACUUGUUGACGGACCCGCUAGCCGACGACAGCGGUGCCCCUCUGAAUGAUGCAAAGCGCGAUGCGAAUGCACGCAGACUGGUUGAUCACAUGCGAAAGCUCAAGGCCAACCAAGUGCCGCAGCAGGUCCAGGGCAAACCCUUGGUAGAACUAUUGGAUCCUACUCGCAACACAAUCGGCUACCUAGCUGUACUCCUCGCAUACGCUCAACAGGCGGUGCUGGCGCAACAGGUGGCGCUGGUUGCCAACUUCCUCACUCACUUUGACCCCGUUCAGGCUCGCUAUGUCGGCCCCGAGAUGCAGCAGUUGCUAACCUGGCUGGCCAAUUACUAUGAGUAUGCCAGAGACGCAUCAUUCAUUCCAAUCAUCGCAACCGCCAUCCUCCGCCUAGACCCAGAGUCCAGCACUCUCACAUCCAAUCAUAUGCUCUUCCUGCGGCUAUGCCUGACCGCUGGUCUGCCUCGUCAAGCCCUGCCAAUCCUCGACAAGGACAUAUACACCCUUCCGACCGACCCCCAGAGAGGUGUCGAUGACCGUCUGCUAUGCGCAACCCACGAACUCAGUGCCACCUUCAUUACAAAGUCAUCCAACAUCUCACAACCGCUCACCGCAUCAGACGUACACGAAUACUAUCUGCUGGGCGCACAUGUCUACAUUGGUCUGCGUCGCUAUACUCGUGCUCGCCUCUUCCUCGAGCUGGUUCUUGCUUCACCCACUCAGAACGUCGCCACUCCCUUGAUGGUCGAGGCCUACAAAAAGUCCAUUCUCGUCAAUCUGCUGUCAACUGGUUCUACCACUUUCACCAAAGGUCUGAUCAACGCCCAGAUGGUCAAGACCUACUCGAGUCUGUCCAAGCCCUACGAAGUUCUCGCCGAUGUUUUCAAGAAGCGCGAUGUCCUACGUCUUGAUGCUGAGAUCGGCGCUGCGACCGCUGUAUGGGACGAGGAUGGCAACACAGCUAUUGUCAACCAAGUCGCCGAAUCUUUGCGCCGAUACCGUGUGAUUGACUUGCAAAAGACUUACGCCGCUCUUCCCAUCGAGACAAUCGCUAUGCAUCUCAAUCUGACUCCCGGAGCUACAACCACCCUUCUCAGCACCAUGAUUCGCGACGGCCAUCUGAACGCCAUGCUUCCCCCACCUAUCGCUGGUGCUGAAACCAAGCCAGUUCUUCGCUUCCUUUCUCACAAUCCCAACCAGCCUACCAUCGAUCAAGAUGCCCUGUUGAAGGAGAAGUCUAUCCACAUCGAGCGACUGGCCAAGCAUGUCCGUGAGGCCGAUCGUAAACUCGCCAUCCAGAAAGAGUAUGUCGACUUCACGCGCAGAAACAAGCGUGCAGAAACCGCUGGCGCCCAAGGUUUCGAAGAUCCGAUGGAUGUGUGGGACGCACCUGAGAACGGCGACCAAGAUGAAGACAUGAUGGCGGAUCUCUAA